AUGGAAGGAAAAGAAUCAUCUGGAUCCACAGCUGGUUCAUUAAAUUCACAAACAUCAACACCUAAUUUCGAGUUUGAUUUAUCGAACUAUCCUGAGUUUGAUCAUGCCACGUCACUUGCCGUUUAUUCUUUAAAGUUUCGCGAAGAUUCGAUGAAAAAAUCAAUCGAAAAAUACAUAAAAUCAAUAGAUCCUCUUGAAGUAGUUGAAUCCUUUUUAAGAAUCCUAGAAUCUCCCAAUUUUGAUUUCAUUUUAAGGAAAAAACUUUUAUAUUCAUUUUGUCAUUUGCAUUCUUCCACCCUUAGAGACUCCUUCAAAGACUAUCUUCCAAAACAGCAGAAUUUCAAUAAUAACUGGAUUAUUUUUUCAUCAAUUGCAAGAUUGAUUGUUUGCCCCGAAAAAAUCGAAAUACAACCACUCAUCAAAGCAAUUGUCGAUAAGUUAGCGAAUUCGUCAGAAGAAAUUAAGGAAAUGUUAGAAACUUUCCAAAAUGUUUUUAUUAAUGGCGAAAUGAGCUUUGAGCAAACCGAAGUUUAUUCCAAAGCAAUAAGCAAUUUAUCACAGUAUCUAAAAACGCAAGAAAACAUCGAUCAAUCAAUUUUUAAAUUAAUCAAAGAAUUUUCGAAAAAAGUCGAACAGAUAAACCUCUGCUACCAAUUGUUGAAUCUUAUCGACUCAUACGACCAAUCCCUAAUCGAAGUAAAGAACGUUCAUAAAACAAACUUUACAUAUCAAGAAAAUUGUAUCUUACUUCGUUCGACGUUAUACUACGCCCUACUCUCAAUUAACAAUACUCAUCUAGGUAUUUUAGAUGAUGCUCCCAAAGUUGUAUCUUUAAUACACAGAAUAUCUCAUUUAUCUCACUACGUUCAAAUCAACGAAAUUGCAGAUUUACUCAACGAAUACAAAGCAUGCCUCUCAAAGAUAAUUAACAAUGAGCCUAGAUCCGAUGAAGACCUGUUCAAAAUAAUUUUAUCUUAUAUUUCACAAAAAGAGCCAUCUACGUGUCCAUACAUCAAAGAAUUCGAAGAUUUCAGGACUGCAAGGAAUAUACAUCUCAAUUCUACUAAGAAUUAUACAACAGCUCUCGCAGUUCAUAUUUCAUUUGAAAAAUUCCUUUGUUUAAUCGCAAAAGAACCAUUAGACCCUAUACUACUAUCAGUUCUCGACUCAAUGCAUAAUCUAUGGGGCCAAAUUGCUCUUGAAAACAAAUUAUUCAAUGAUUCGACGGUUUUGAUCAAUUUUGCCUUGAGUUAUCCUGCCAAGAAGGUCACAAUAAUAGAAGCAGUUGAUUCAGUCAUUGAUUCCAUCCAAGAAAUGAUUGACCAAGAUUUAUUCAAUACAGGAGUCGUAGAUUUCUUUUCCAGGAUUCGCCUUAUGUUCUUAGUGUUCAAAUCCUUGUAUUACACAUCUUCUUCACAUCUUGCAACCACGGCUGAGAACUUUUUCAACUAUUUCCCCGAUAUUUUUGUUGUAAAAGACAUUCUUAAGCCACCAAAGGAUUCUAACAAGGAUCCAAUACUUGCAAAGAUCGUAAGUCUCGGUACAUUGGCUUUUCAAACCCAAAACUUGCAAGAAAUUUUUGAUGAUAUCACUUAUUCCGUUUCUUCUCCAAUUUCUUCCAAGCUAGAUACAAUUGCGAGGUUCAUAUCCAAGACACGUCAGUUCUACAGCGCAUUUAUCCCCAAUGGAGGCGUUUCUCCAGAGAAAUACGAUUUCAUCAUCAGUCCGACCGACGACACUCCGAAAUUUGUGUCUCUCAUUGAAUCAUUAUUACCUUUGUUAUCAUAUAAUCCAACUUCCUCCCUUCCUCUCGCGGAAAAAGCUUUUGCAUUAGCAUUAGCCGUCAUUUACGACCCUUAUGCGCAGAGAACAACAGCGGAAAUUGCUUACAAAGGCGUAUUAAGCAAUCUCUGCUACAGAGUUCCCAACCUUUCCUUCAGAUUUGCACAGGCCAUCUGCUCAUCUCUCCGAAAACUCUCCGCAAGAGGCACUGUUGAGCUGACUGUUGAAGAGAUCGAUGAUUUCGAGAACGCUUAUUCAGAUAUCAUUGUUUUAAAUGAUAACUUCUCACCGGAAAAACUCGAAACAACACUAAACAAAGUAAUCUCGAAAGCUCCUUCAAUGUCUAUGUAUGAUGGAUUGAGUACUUUUUCAAAAGCACUCAAUUUAUUUGACAGAGUCAGUAAAACCAUAUCAGAAGUGUCAAAAUUGUUAGAAAUUGAUGACAAAAUUUCUCCAUAUCUUGUUCAGUUGACGGUUGUUGGAACAUUGGCACAAACAAUCGCGUUAAUGAUGCAGCAACUCACAGGAAAGCCAAUGCUUGAUAAUAUGAAUGUCUGGCCAUUCACUUCCAACCAAACAAACCUCAUAAUUUUCAAUGAUAUAGGUGACGGUUCUUGUUUCUCAAAAUUUGCCGACUUUUUGAGAGAAAACAAAGAAAAAGUGCCAACGAUACAAAAAAGUGUCUUUUUAGAGGCAUCCAGAUCCAUGGCACAAGUUUGUUCUGUAUAUACUAAAUCGUAUGUUGUCAAUCCUAACUUAGGACAACAAGUUUCUUCGAUGAUGGCAGGCAUUCUCAAGAAAGCAAUUGAAGCUGAAAAAACAGGAAAUAUAACUGACUUUACAACUGAUGCUUUCGUUGAACAGUUCACUCUUCUUUCAUUACUUGAAAAGAGAACUGUUAACUUCGCUGUUGAAACUGCAAAAACGGAUAUCGCUAAUUUCAGAUCCAUGUUGCUUGAAUUUUACGCGUUUUCAACACUUUCUGACACUUUUAUGACAUUUUGGAAAGCAAUGAACAAAUUGCCUGAUAUAUUUAGACCGAAACUUGAUGAUGAAAUAGAGUUCAAAGUUUUGCCACCUAAACCUUCCGAUGACAAUAAUUCUGAAGUUACUUUUGACUUCAAAGAAAAAUUGGAAAGUUUACAAAAAAUUUUGUCAAAUCACGAAAAAUUUGAUUCAAUCAAAGAUGACUUUGAAUUUUUGAAUGAAAAACUUUGCCAUGUAAACACGACAACAGACAUUUCUGAGAUCAAAAACCAUAUGCAGAGAUUGCAAGCAAAGAUAAACACAUCAAAGAAUCGCCUCCAAACACAAAUUGUUGCUGUAAACAACGAAAUACAAAGAAUUCAAAAUGGUCAGAUGACGAUAACUAAAAAAGAUGUCCAGAAUUUGCAUCAAAACAGCGACAGAAUCGAACAGGAAAUAAAUGAAUUAGAAGAUGAACUUGAAAAGAAACAAACAGAACUUUCAAAUGAAACUGGUUUAGUAUCAGAACUAGCUGAAGAAUGCCGUCAAAUGAAAAUUGAAUUACAAAGAGCUCAUCAAUCAAAAAGUGACAUUACACAGUCACUUUUUGAAGAAACUACAAAAAGUUCGACAAAAGAAUCAGGCAGCAAGAAUCAGAGUAUUAUAGAGUACACACGCCAGAUUGCUGCACAAAAUAUGAAGCUCAGAACAGCAAUAAAGAGAGAAAGAUUGGCAAAAAGAGUUCCUGCUUUGAAACCUUCUGAAUUAAAUGACAGCAGCGAAGAAACUCAAAAUCUUCAAAAUGAAAAAGAGAAACUACAAAGUGAAGUUGAAAAUCUAGAAAAAUCUCUUUCGAAAUGCGAUGAAAAAUAUAUAGAAGAUGCUUGCGGAUUCAAGAAAUUGGAAAUGCCAAAUGAAGUGACAGAAUUUCUAAAAAUGGCAGAAAAAUUGAGAUCAGGAAAAAGUGACGAAAUUCAACCAUUAGAAUUUUUAACAUGCCUUGAUUUCGUUGAGAAAUACGCAUUUGAACUUUCUCAGAGCCGCAGAGAUAUGUUUUCAUUCUUGGUCGGAUCUGAUGGAAGACCUCAAUCAGAAGAUGACUAUGACUUUGAUGGUGAAAACGAAGAGGAAGAAAACCAACAAAAUCAAGUCGUCUGA